UGUAAUAUGGACUCUUAAUACUUAAAAGUGCAUGGGCGUGUUUUUCUUCUAGCGUGGGUGCCAAUUUAUCUCAAACUAUCCGUGUCACACUAACUGAAGGUAGCUUGUAAUAACGUUAACUUGAGUUUUAGUCGGUACGGCAGCUAGCUGUUAGCUACGUUAGUAAGUUAGCUAACUUAUGUCGGCAGCUGUUAAUGGCGUCCUUAUGCCCACACACAAUGGAGAAGCAGUUGGACCAUAUUUAUUAAUCUAGCGACCGCGGAGUAGAAUACGUUUGAUCAAGGCUGACUUGCUUUCAUGGCUUAUCGUUGAGUCAGGGGCUCUGCAGCCACUUGCUGUCUUUUCGAACGCUGCAUCUGACGGUAUGGCUUUACCCAACUUGGUUUUCGUUGUCGAUGUGGAUUAUGGAGAUCGUGAUUCAGGCGAUCAGCUGGAUGCCAGGAAUAAUCUUGUGAAACGAGGAAUAUUACAAAUUCUGCUGCAUUUCGGUUACAAAUAUGGAUUUGAGAAAGUGCGCUGGGGUUAUAAAUUCUUUCAGUCUAAAACUGGCCGUAAUGCCAGCCUCAUAUCAAGGGGAUCAGACUUCAAGGAGCUUCGACACAAAACUUUUGAGGACUUUGAACUAGAGUUUGAAGCCAAGUUUGACGUGAAGGAUAAACUGAACACUUCUCAACAGAAGCAGCAAACCAAUAAGUCUGCUUCGGUUCGAAACGCUCUCAAAGAAACCCUACUGGAUUUCCAAUGGGACAGACCAGACAUCACCUCUCCCACUAAACUGUCCCUGAGGCCCAGGAAGACAAACCCAGCUGGAAAGCCUAGUGUUUCACAGGAGGAUGAUAUUUCAAGCAACGGGAGGAAUGUGGUGUUUAUUGUCUCGCAGUGUCCACGCUCCAGGACACAGCUUGUGGACUAUCUUCAUUUGGGAAACCAUGAUCUGCCUGCAGAUGUGACGGAGCAUAUAAUAUCCAGGGGCCUUCACGACAUGCUGGUUCAGCGACAGGUUGUGCUGCACUGGAUUGACAGUAGAUCACAUGUCCAGAUGUUAAGGUGUGAGGACUGCCUCGGUUCUGACAAGCUGUCUGAGGUCCUGGCUCAGGUGGGUGGCAGAGUGAUCCCUGUGGUUGCACUGCUGAACCUCUGCUGUAAUCAGGAGUCGAAUUUGGGCUUCAGGCCACAGACCUUUGCGUUCAAGUCCAGCAUUGGAUACCUGCUGUCUUCUGAAAGGCUCUACCGCCUGGCUUUUCCUGUCAUAGGCGGUAUUCUGCGGUGGGAGCAAGGUGAUGUGACACAGAGGUGUGACAUCAUGGUUGAGCCAGUGUCUCGCAGACAGAGGCUUCUUCCAGAGUCGGUGGAAGUGUGUCUGAAGGGAGUGCUGCAGGGCUGGAGUUCCUCAUCGCUGACACAAGGCUCCACAGAGUCAUGGAUGCUUCACUGCUCCAGUGGCAGUCACCAGGGAGCUGCUGCCUUCCAGCAUCUCCUCAUGGAACUGUCUGCUCAGGCUCUGCACAUGCUCGCUGAGGUGAAUGACAGCGGCCUGGUGUGCUCAGCUGUCCUUUCCCCCAUCUCACACUCUUCAGCCCUGCUCACCAUUCUCCAGCCUGGAAUCACUCAACACGACUCGCUCCUGACCACUGAAACUGUCGCACCUGCUACAGCUGAUACCUCGGCUGACCUGCCAGAUGUUGUGAGCAGUGUUCUCGGAGUAGUGUAUGACAUCAUGGAGGAGGAUGGUGACAGUGUCGAUGAUGAGCCAGUGGCUCAUCUGGUUCCUGAGUGGGCUCAGCAGGAAGUCAGCCCAGGAAGUUGCCCACUGACAACAGGCAUGCUGGAGACUUGGUUCCCUCAGUCGGAUCAGUCAGGAGUGAGCUCUCAUUUAAUGGAGUCAAUGAGAUUGCUGCAUGCAGUACCAGAGCAGAGAGAGGAGGAGGAGGUGUCUGUCCUACAGCAGGAGAUGAUCAGUGGCCUGGCUGAACUGUACCAGACAUCCCAGGGCACAGACAAUAAGAGGGGCAAAAAACGUGGCGCCCAGCGCACACCGGUGAAACAGAAGAUGAAGACCAUGAGCCGCUCCCUGCAGAUGCUGAAUGUGGCACGACUGAAUGUGAAAGCCCAGAAGGACCAGGCUGAGGCAGAGCAGCUGGGGGCAGAGGGCAAAGGGCCAGACAGACCGGGGAAAAGGCGGUCAAGUGACAGGAACAAAUCUGGAGGAUUGAACACAAUCAGUUUCACUACUGAGGCAGAGCUCCUGUCCCAUCUGAAGUCCAGUUACGAGAAGACUCUGGCAGAGAGAGACUCGUCCAUUCUGACUGGUGUCCAGCAGCUCCUGUCUGCUGUGAAAGCCUUCCCCCUGGAGGUGAGACGCAUGGUAAAGACCUCCCUGUUUGUCCAGCAGCACCUGCUCAAAACCAGCAAAUCGAUCAGGCAGCUCUAUGGUGCGGCGGCUGAUGCUGAUAGCAAAGUCAGAGAGUGCCAGAUUCAGGCGGUGUUGAGGCUGGAGUUAUGCAGACUUUUCUCCUCAGAGCAGUCUGACUCACUGGAUGUUGAGCAGAUGGCAGAGGAGGUGGCUGAAAUGCUCAGGAUAAUCUCUCUAGCAAAAGACCCUGUUUGCCUGACCAGGUUCCUUCAAGAUGAGGUUCUCCCAGGGUUCCUGACCACUGUCCCCAGGGUGCUUGCAGACAUCUACAACAGUCUGGGCACCCAGCUCCCUGAGGCUUUGGUGGCUGUUCUGCCUGCUGACUUCUUCAGCGACGAGUCAGUUGCCAAGGACAGUGUUUCUCCUUCAGCCUCCUCAUCUCCCUUGUCUGCACACAGCCUGGUUUCGGAUGGCAAAGAUCGCCUGCAGGACCUGCGAAAUCGCUCAGCCAGCCAGAGGAGGAGCGGGAUGCUGACUCGUCAUCGCAGUAUGACUGAAUCAUCCCAGAGUCUUCGCCAAAUAGAGAUGCCCAAAAAGACUACAAGAGCUUCCAAGUCAAAAGUGUGUGUUGCUUUGGAGAAACCUGUCACAGAACCACAACCUCAGAAACAAGAAACACAAGAGGUGACAAAGGUGAGAAGAAACCUAUUCAACCAAGAGAUUGUUUCGCCCUCAAAGAAAGCCAAAUUACCAAGGAGCCAGUCUGUGUCCGCUGUGGAAGGACUGAAACGCAAGCGAUCUCGAGAGUCUGAAGAGAGACACAAACUUCUAACAAAGAAAGUGUGUGAGACACCCCACCACAAGCAAGUGUCCAGUCGCCUCCUCUACCGGCAGAAAAUGGGAAGGAGAUCUGUUCCAGCUGAGGAGUGCAUUGUGGAAGAGUCACCAGUAAAACCUGCGGAAGACCUAAGAAGGAGCCCCAGGAUUAAGAAGUUUGCUAGAAGAUACUCAAACACCUUCUAUUCAAGUUCUCAGCCUCGCUCACGCAACCUGGAGAGGGCUCUCUCUGCUUCCCAGCUUAGUCUCAGUGAUGGAAAAAUCAGUGCGGUUGAUGUAAAAUCAGUUCGGUCUCCCAUGCGUCUUCUUUUUGGGGCAGCUGAUUCUCCAAGUCGUCCAUCUGACCAGCCUGGUGCAACCAGGGCCACCAGAUCACGGCUGUACACAGACUCCAGUGUCUUUGAGAGCCCAAAUAAAACGCCAGCAAAGUCACCCAGCAAACGUGGGAGGGCCUUUCGUGGGAGCACAACCCCCAAGAGCCCCAGGACCCCUCAAACCCAAGGAACUCCCAAAACGCCACCUUCAUCCAGGAUGCGUGUUUUCUCUGUUGCAGAGAGCCCUGCAGCUCGUGGCUCUCGUGAGCUUGGUAUGUCUCUGAGGGGCAGUCCUUUCAGAUCACCAGCCAGAAGGACUCUUGCUAUAGAGACACCUACUAAGCAAAGUCCUGUGAGGAGCCCACUGAAGGGUAUUCUCAGGACUCCGGUCAAGUCCUUGGUUGGGUGCAGUUCCUCUUCUGCAUUACAGUUUCUCAGUAGCCCAAUUUCCAGGACUCCCAAGAAGAGCGUCACAUGGUCUCCAUCUCCACGAAAAUUAAGAGUGGUGGAGAACAGUGCCACUUUCAAGGUACCAGAGUCACCUUGCAUUGCAUCACGCAGUUCUCCGAGACUGGUGAAACACUUUCAGAAUCACAGUAGUCCUGCCAAAAACACAAACACUAAAAGAGACAUUUUCAAGACCCCAGAAAAGACGUGUCAAGUAAGCCUAAGAGGGGUUUCUGAAAAUGCAAGUAGUGUAACGUCCUCUGAAAAACAUCACAACAGGAUGAAAACACCUGAAAAAACUAACAGUGUUAGUCUACUAGAAACACUUCCUCCACUUCUAGACCACCACCUCUCCCCUAAACCCAAGACAAGAACUCAAAUCAAAACCCCUAGUCCUACUCACCAAAUGAGUACUCGCUCUGGACGAACUCCAGGGAAAAGUUCAAACAUUGCAUCUCCAUGUAAGCCAGCAUUUACCCUGGUAGGAGGUAGUACUGUUUCAGAGGGAUCAGAUGCUUCAGAAAAGUCUCCAGCAAAGUCCCUGACAAGACCAAGUUCUGGUCAAGGUGCAAGAACCACCAGACAUAACUUAAGAUCCCAGUCUAGUGAGAAUUUUCCCUCCAAACCAAGCACAACAUCUGCUGAGAACUGUGACCUUGUGGAAAAGAACAUGCAGUCAGGUACAAAAGGAGAGGUACAGACUGAACCUUCCCAGACCUCUGAAACUGACUCUAGUUCCCAUACAGAUUCACAGCAGUAUGACUCUUCGCAUUUUAACUCGGCCACCACAGACGAUGAUAGUAUGGACAUUGUUGAUGCAGAAGUUGUAAAGGCCCAGUUUAGUGGCGGCCUCAAGAUGAACAUUAGCUUUUCACGAAAGCCUUCAAAGUCUAGUGAAGACUUUCUGUUGAACGCUGUCUCUCCGAAACCACGAGUGCCGCCCCAAGGUACGCCCGGGCGAAGCUAUGGCUUCCGGCAGACCCCUGACCGCCAGCAGAGGGAAGCUGCUGCUCGUUUGGGGUAUGGAAAUGAGUCCCCUCGAUUUUCAACCCCUAGAGGCCCCGCAAGACCUAGUCGACAAAAGAGCACAGGUACUCCAAACCCUCUGACUUACCAAGUAGAGAUGGAAAUGCAAACAACGGGACUGCCCAAGCUCAAAAUCAAGCGUACAGAUUCCAUGAACGCAGGCGAUUUGGCCUCAGAUGGAGGUCCUCGCUCAGGUGCUCAAAGCCCUUUAGUCGGUGUGAAACCUUCUCAGCUGGAAAGCCCUUUGGCUUUGUUCUCUAAACACAGAGAUCCUGGAUGUGUCUCACCAUCUAUCUGCACUCAUGUUACCCCAGCCAAGAACACGCCUGGAAAAGGUGGAAGUGUCCAAACUUACAUCUGCCAGUCCUACACCCCGACACGUCAUCCUGGGGGAACAAUGUCUCCAGUGACAAUUGCGGAGGUCAUUCCCCUGACCCCUUCACCUCAGAGUGUAGGGAAGGUGACUCCAGACAACCUCAACAGCUGGCCUCGCAGGAAGAGACCUCAGACUGGUGUGGUAGGAGGCAAAGAUCGUGGCCUGAAGGGGGAGCCGCUGCUGGAGGAGUUGCUGGAGGAAGCUGAGCUCGGAGUUAGCAGAUUACAGGACAUUGAGGACAUUGAUGAGCCCUCAAACAACAAAGCUGCAAUAUUAACCUUGACUUCCAAACACUCGCUUCCAGCCGCAGCAGGUGCAUCUCCCCCGUCUCCUAUGGAAGACUUACACUGGAUGGAGAAGCUGGCUCAGCAGGGAGCCUGCGCUGAACCUCAGAGAGCUGAAGAGGAAAUCUUCUGGGCAGCUGGAAAUGGAGAUGUCAAGUCAACAGCGACUCCUCCCAGCUCAAAGGUGACGAAACCAGUGACAGCGAGUGGGAUUUUGGCCCUCACUCACUCUCCAUUGUUGUUCAAGGGCAAAACAGGCUCAGCCAGUAAGAGAACACCAAAUUUUAAAGAUGAGGUUGCAUCAGGGAGGAGGAUCGAAGUCGAUGGAGUGGAGGUCUCGCCCUUCAGCCAGCCGGUCAGACGCUCAAACACAGGGAAGACCUACAGCAGGAAGAGGCUUCUUCACUGAACCACAAAGCCGUCUGGCAAGCAAAGCAAAAAGAUUGUCCAUUCUGUGUUUUACUGUGAAGUUGUGAGCCUUUCUUGGUCAUAUUUUGUCAGGAGUGCUUUUGAUGGCAGAUCUGAAGGAUGUCUUUCAAGCACCACUUCAAAAGACUUUGCAGAUGAAUGAACGCCCCUUUCAGUCUCCUCCUCCAGCACUUUUGACCUUGACAUUUUCUGUUCUAAACAGUGGCUUUUUUUUAAUCAGGACUUUUUAAGAUUUAAGAUAAAGAGGUAGGUUUAACACGGAGUUGAAAAGCAGUACAGUUCCGCCGAGGUGUUUAAAAUUGCCCUUAUUUUUUCUGUUAAUGAGUUUAUUUUUCUGCAUAUGCCAAGUUUUCUGCAUGGCUCUUUCUGAAGCCAAAAUGUUGACGUUAUAUGUCAUCAUUGUUUUUCAAAAAUUGAAUCAGCCAUUUUACAAUCAAGUCAGAGCCUAAAUUUGUUGAAAGAAGUGUUAUUCAUGUCUAUUUAUUAGUUUGUUCUUGUUUUUAAGUAAAAGGGAAGCCCGGAUAAUUGAUUCAUGUUGUAAAUAUGUUACAUGUUACCAAAGUCUUAUGUAAAUAAAUAUAAAUUU